AUGAGGACUCAAGGAAUCUCAUCGUCAUCAUCAUCCUCUUCUUCUUCAACACCUCGGUGGAAUUUUAGAAAUUUUUUUGUAGAUAUUGUAUUUGCCGUUUGGCGAUGGAUUGGCGUUUGGAUUUUUAGGAAAAAUGAAGAACUUGAGAGAGGAAAUUGUAUUUCACAAGAGCUUAUACAAGAAAAAGAAGAAUCAAGUCAGGGAGCCUCAAUGUCAUCACCAUCUUCUUCUUCAACACCUCAAUGGAAAUAUGAGGUGUUUCUCAGUUUUAGAGGAGUGGAUACCCGUAGAGGUUUUACUGACCAUCUAUAUGCUGCUUUACAACGGAAAGGCAUUUUGACCUUUAGGGAUGAUGAAGAACUUGAGAGAGGAAAAUCUAUUUCGCCGGAGCUUUUGAAAGCAAUAGAAGAAUCGAGGUUUGCUAUUGUUAUUUUCUCAAGAAAUUAUGCAUUUUCAACAUGGUGCUUGGUUGAACUUGCACAUAUCGUUAAAUGCAUGAGAGAGAGAAAAUUGAUGAUUUGGCCUAUUUUUUAUGAUGUGGAUCCAUCUGAUGUACGGAAACAGACAGGAACUUUUGGACAGGCCUUUAAUGAUCAUGAAAAACGAUUUAAAGAUAACAUAAAGAUGGUGGAAAUGUGGAGGGCUGCUUUGAGAGAAGUAGCAAAUCUCUCAGGUUGGCAUUUACAAGAUAGGGAAGAUUCAAAAAUGAAGGGAUUGCCUCAAUUACAACAGCAGCUUCUUGCAGACAUUUUGGGGGACCAAAAUAUAAAAAUAAGGAAUGUUUAUGAAGGGGUUGACAUGAUUAAGAAAAGGUUGUGUCAUAAAAAAGUUUUACUUGUUAUAGAUGAUGUUGACCGAUUGGACCAAUUAGACAAAUUGGCUGGAGAGCAAGAUUGGUUUGGAUUGGGGAGUUGGAUCAUCAUAACAACUAGAGAUGAACAUGUGUUGGUCCAACAUGGAGUACAUAAAAGGUAUAAGCCUGAAGUAUUAAAUAAUGAAGAUGCUUCAAAACUUUUUUGUUUGAAAGCCUUCAAAAUGGAACAACCCAAAGAAGGUUAUAUGCAGCUCUCUCAGGAAGUUGUAAAUUAUGCUAAUGGCCUUCCAUUAGCUCUUGUUACUUUGGGAUCCUUUUUGGUUGGAAGAACAGUAGAUGAAUGGAAAAGUGCAUUGAAAAGUUUUAAAAAAACUAAAGGAGAUAUAUUUGAUAUACUUAAAAUAAGUUAUGAUGGAUUGGAAGAAAUGUGGAAGGAGAUAUUCUUAGAUAUUGCAUGUUUCUUUAGACGGAGGAAGAAAGAUCAAGUAAUACAGAUAUUAGAGAAUUGUGAUUUCGAUGCAAUAAUUGGUAUUAGUGUUCUUGUGGAAAGAUCUCUCCUAACUGUGGAUGAUGGUGAAUAUUUGGGGAUGCAUGAUCUACUAGCAGAAAUGGGUCAAAAAAUUAUUCGUUUUGAAUCAGGUGGGAAUCUCGGAAAGCAGAGUAGGUUGUGGCUUACUGAGGACCUACUUCAUGUAUUGAAGAACAAUAUGGCAACGGAUGAAAUUCGAGCCAUAGCUGUCAAAUACGAGGAAGAGCAUUUAAACUUUGAAGAAUUUCCUGAAAUGUUUUCAAAGAUGUCUAAUCUUAGAUUGCUGAUAAUUAAGAAGCCACUGAGAUUUGGAAAGCUGGACUCCCCGAAGGCCCUCAAUCCUGGGCAUCUUGCUAUUCCUAAUGAGCUAAGACAUCUUUCAUGGGCAUCAUGUCCUUUAAGAUGUUUGGCAUCUAGUUUCCAACCAAAGGAGCUUGUUCAACUUGGCUUGCCGCAUGGCACAUUUGAAUAUCUUUGGGAAGGAGCAAUGCAUUCAGUCAAGUUAAAGUUCAUCGAUCUUAGUUUUUCAGAAAACCUUAUUAGGACACCUGACUUUUCAGGUGUUCCGAGACUUGAGGGACUAAAUCUUUCUUGCUGCGAUAGUUUGGUUGAGAUCCACCCAUCUAUUGGACAACUCAGCAGGCUUCAGUAUUUAAAAUUGGAUAGCUGUGAAUCUCUUACUGAUCUUCCCAGCAUGUCUGCUGAAAUGCAAUCCCUUACGCUUCUUGAUCUUUCUUGUUGCUACAAUUUCAGUUCAAUUCUGAAAUUUACUGGAAUUAUGAAAAGCCUAUCAAAAAUCUAUUUGGGUGCGGCUGCUAUUAAGAAACUAGCACCCUCAUCAAUCCAGUGUUUGACUGCCCUUACUUUAUUAGAUCUAAGUUCCUGCAAAAAUCUCGAAUGUCUUCCAAGCAACAUGGAUGAUUUGAGGUCUCUUGAAACACUCAUUCUUCGCGGAUGCAAAAAACUAAAAUCAUUGCCGAGGCUUCCAUCAACUUUAAGAUUUAUAAAUGCUCAAUGUUGUUUUUCUCUAAAACCGUCACCAGCACUGGUCAAACUAAGUAGCUUGUCACAACCAGUCUUCCGGUGGCAUCCGUAUGAUGAGAGCGGCAGUGGAGUAGCUUUUACAAGAUUGUUCCGUUACCUACAGGGACUCCUUUGUCUUAAAACAGUUUGUGAAACUUCUUCCAAAAGGAAAGAGGAUGGAUCUAUAACUGAAUUUCAGAUAACUAUUCACGGAUUUGAAAUUCCAUCAUGGUUAACUCAUCAAAGUGUGGGAAAUUCAAUAAGCAUAGAGCUGCCUUCAAAUUGGUGUAAUAGUAAAUGGAUGGGGUUCGCUCUCUGUGCAUCAGUAUCAGCUUGUAAAGGGAAUAGAUUUGGUGUUGGAGCUCGUGUGACAGCCCUUGGUGAUAUGACUCAGAAUCACUAUGCCUCUGAACUUUUCAAUACGUUCAUGCAUUGUGAGGACAGUAUUUGGCUAUUGUAUUUGUCUCGUGAUGAUUGGUUUGCUGCUGUUGGGAAUGGUGAAUGCCGUAAGAUUAAGGUUAUAUUUGAGACCUAUGACUCAGCCUUUCAUGUACAUGAAUGUGGGGUCAAUUUGGUGUACGAGCAAGAUGUGGACGAGUUCAGCCAAACAAAUGCACAAUGUUUGAUUGAGAGCUUUGGGAAAGGUUUCAUCUCUGAAUUCACUAGUAAUGACCAUCUCAAACAACCUUCGUCGUUGGCAAGAAGGAAGCAAACUCCAAUUACACUGAUUAAUAAUGAGUGA